CUACCUAUCGUUCCACUUAGAAGAAGAGAAGCCCCUUGCUACCAGCUAUCGGAGCCUCCCUACCUCACUGGGAGUGCUAUCUGUAUAAUUCCAAGUGAUGCCAACCCUAAACCUAACUACCAACGUACCAGUGGACGCUGUGGUGGCCUCCGAUGUGCUGAAGGAUGCCACCAAAAUCGUCGCCAAGACCAUCGGAAAGCCAGAAUCUUAUGUGAUGAUUUUGCUCAACGGAGGACAACCCAUCUCCUUUGCUGGAAGUGAAGAACCAGCGGCCUACGGGGAACUCAUUUCCAUUGGAGGUUUGGGUCCGAGUGUGAAUGGGAAGCUAAGCUCAGCUCUCGCAGAACUUCUUCAAAAUAAACUUUCAGUGGAUGGUUCUAGGUUCUACAUAAAGUUCUACGAUGUUGAGAGAUCCAAUUUUGGGUUCAAUGGGUCGACCUUCUAAAAGAUGUGAAGACACCUAAAGGGAGAGGAGGCCAAGGGUGAAAACCUUGCUUAGUCAUCAAUUCGGUGUUCAAUAUUCUGUAUGGUUCUCUUCUUCCUUCUGAAGCUCUGGUAAUCAAUUCAUUGUAAUCUCAAUUGCUUGCAUUACUAUGAUCUGGAACCUGCAUGCCAGAUUACAUUCAGAUUUCUCUUUCUGGCUUCUGUUCACUGUGCUUAUAUAUUGACUCAGUAAUACAAAAGUGGUUAGGUUUGUGAAUUGGGUUA